AUGUCAUCACGAAGGUCGAUCUACUUCAACCCCGCGGCAGCAAAUGAGAGCAGUGUCGCCCCGCAAGUCGAAGGCCUAACAGCAUUCCACCAAUCCUUCCCGAACUAUGCCCCAACCCCAUUAGUCCAACUCCCAGAGCUCGCAGCCGAGCUAGGCAUCAGCAACGUCCUCGUGAAAGACGAGAGCAACCGGUUCGGACUACCCUCAUUCAAAGUUUUAGGCGCGUCAUGGGGCUGUUUCCGAGCAAUCGCAGCGCAACUGAGCCUGCCCUCUACGGUCUCGCUCGAUGAACUCUCCAGCCGAGCAAAAGAAGCCUCGAUUGUCUUGACGACAGCAUCAAUGGGGAAUCAUGGACGGGCAGUUGCGUUCAUGGCUCGCCUCCUCGGUAUCGAGGCGCGGGUCUUCGUCCCCCGGUCUUUGAACCAGUGGACUCGGGAUCUGAUCGCCGGGGAGGGGGCUCGGGUAGUUGUUGUUCAGGGCGAUUAUGACCAGGCGGUGCAAGAGGCUGUGGAUGAGACGCGGAUGGGACAGGGUGUACUUCUCAUUCAGGACACGGCAUUUGAGGGGUAUGAGGAUGUUCCUGCGUGGAUCGUGGAGGGGUAUUCGACUAUGAUGCAUGAAGUCCAGAGUGAACUUGCUCGGCUUGGGCUGUCGGGUAGUGUGGUGAUCACGCCUGUUGGUGUGGGUAGCCUUGCACAAGCGGUCGCGAAGCAUUGCAAGUCGCAGAACACGACUAUAUCGGUAGUCGCCGUUGAGCCUGAUACGGCUGCAUGUUUAUCUUCUAGCUUGACUGCUGGAAAGCCGGUUACUGUCCGGACUUCAUCGACGAUUAUGGAUGGUAUGGACUGCGGCACGGUAUCUUCUACAGCUUGGCCCGAUCUACAGAGUCUGAUUGAUGCCUGCGUCACUGUCUCAUCCUAUGAGAGCCACCGCGCCGUGCAGUAUCUGACUUCCAAGUCUGUGGCUGCUGGGCCAUGUGGAGGUGCAUCGUUGGCUGCACUUCGACGAUUGGCCACAUCAAAGGAGGGAACGUCACUUUUGAACAAGGAUUCUGUGGUCGUCCUUCUCAGCACUGAAGGUGCACGCGAGUACCCAGUUCCAAGAGACGUCUCUGUUGACGAUGUCGUGGAGCUAACUCAAACUCUCACUCAAAUCAACUCUUCCAACCUGACCUUGUCUGUAACAGACGGAGUAGGUGAGACUGAAAUCGCAAACUAUCUGGCCGCCUGGUUCGCCCAUCGAGACAUUGAGUAUCAUUGGAUUGAGAAGGUCGCUGAACGGCCAUCUAUUGUGGGAGUCUUGAGAGGCAGCGGCGGUGGCAAGUCUCUCAUGUUCAAUGGCCACACAGACACCGUCAGUCUCUCCAGCUACGAGGCAGAUCCCCUGUCCGGGUCAAUUGGAACCAAGAAUGGCAAAGAGGUCAUCUUCGGCCGGGGUUGCCUCGACAUGAAGGGAGGGUUGGCUGCAGGGUUAGCGGCUCUUGCAGCAAUCAAAGCAAGCGGUCGCGUACCUCGGGGCGAUAUCAUUCUAGCUGCAGUAUCAGACGAAGAGGAUGCCUCACAGGGAACUCAGGAUGUGCUCGAGGCUGGCUGGCGUGCUGAUGCCGCUGUACUUCCAGAACCAACGCAAGGCGCGAUAUUUACUGCCCAUAAGGGAUUCGUGUGGGUUGAAGUUGAUAUCCUCGGAGUUGCUGCCCAUGGAUCUGACCCUGUAUCAGGAGAAGAUGCCAUCCUAUAUGCCGGGUCCUUCUUGCAGGGUUUGGAGGAAUACCAAGCGCAGCUGCCAGUAGAUGAUCUCCUAGGACAGAGUUCGCUACACUGUGGCCUAAUUCGGGGUGGCGAAGAGCCAUCGUCCUACCCAGACAAGUGCACUAUCACUGUCGAAUUCCGAACUGUCCCAGCACAAACGGAACAGUCCAUCCUAAGAGACAUCAGCGCGCUGCUGAAGGAAAUUGCCCAGCAGAAGCCUCGUUUCAGAUACGGCGAGCCACGUAUUACCAUGUCGCGCCCUACACAGAAAGUGGCAGCUGAUCAUCCGUUCGUGCAAAAAGCGAUUUCUUGUGCCUCUGAUGUUCUGGGCAGCAAGCCUGCUGUUAAGGCUGGUCCGUUUUGGACUGAUGCGGCCUUGCUUGGUGCUGUUGGUAUCCCAUCCAUUGUGUGGGGCCCGGCAGGAGAGGGUCUUCAUGCUAAGGAGGAAUGGGUCGAAGUUGAGAAUCUUCGACAGUUUGAGAAGGUGUUUACUCGGCUUGUGCAGGACUUUUGUUAUUGA